AUGCUUGGACUCUCUUCUUUGGGAUAUAAAGCCAAAGUCAACACCAUAGAGUCUCUCGGUACCGUUUCGCCGUUAAUUUCUCGUUGGAGCAUGAUUGACUACUGGUUGUACCUCCUUGUCGUUGAAAAGGAGCCUACAAACAAGAUGUAUCCCGAUGAAGUCCACUUGCUUACAGCUAACGGAUUUAAGCCGACUCAGAUUGAUCUCGAACUCCUUCAUGUUAGUAGAAGGGAGCCUAGUGCUGAGUUGAUCAUUUUCCGUGCCCUACCGAUCCCAUCCAUUCGCUUCGGGCUGCCCAACAGGAAGAUCAUACUUGGCUUUAACUUGAAGACCCUCCAUCUCCAGGUGUAUUUGACUGACCGCGCACCCGAGCAUCUGGCAGACUUCGGAAAAGUCUGGAGCCGAGCCGAGCUUGUUCUUAGCAUUGGAGCAGGUCAGUUCCUGAAUGCCCUCGAAUGCACUCUUACUGGCAAUCUCAAUCCUGUUCGCACGGGUAUACUCACAUCUUUCGCUGUAUCGACUCGUCAGUUUCAUUCGGCUCUCGAACUAGUGAUCGCCAUACAGUUCAGCCAGUUCCUAUACGAAUUUGCCGAGCUGCUAGGUUGUCUCAGUGGUAGAUCCAUUGAGUCCCACCAGCGUUACUAUGAUCCGAUGCGGGAGUUGCUGCGGAGGGCUUCUACGGAUGCUUGGUUUGGGGCUAAGGAUGGACUAACGGUUGAGCAGUACCGCGUGCGCAAGAAGAAUGCAACCAUUUUGUUCGAUUCGAUUGAGUCAGGCCAGAUUGCUGGCUCUUCAGGCUCCGACGUUUCAGUACAUUGGACUCGACUCCGACCCCUCACCCCCUUGAUGCGAGUGAUACACAUGUUCACCGCUCCAGCCACUGUGGCGUGA